GGCGUGGAGCCCGGCGCGGCCGUCGGAGAAGUCGAAGCGCAGGCCGGCCUCACGCGCCCCUCGCGGAGGCGUCCUGGCCUGGGGGCGCGGGGUCCGGCGUCCGGGGUGCUGUUCUCGGGUCCCUGGGCCGACAGGUCGCGGGGUGGGCACCUGUCCAGCUUGGAGCGCGGGGAACAGUGUUCCUUUACGGCGCUGGGAGGUGACACUGGCGGGCGGCCCGAGGCGGCCGAGGGACCCGGAGCUCGCGUGUCUGGUCCGGGGGUGGGGGUGGGCGACUAAGUCGGCACCCGGAGGCUCCAGAGCCUUUCCCGGCUCACCCAGCACCUGGGCAGGAACUGAGCUGUUCACCGGGCCGGAGGACAGGGUGGAGGGGAAGCUUGGGGCUUCUCCGUCUGGGUGCCAGGCAGGGUGGAUCAGUGGGGCACCGCUGUCGGGGCACCUGUGGAGAUCCUGUUCCGUUUGUGUGGGGAAGCUGUGUUUUCAUUGGGAGGGCCGGCUUUGACACCAAUGGAGCCCUUGGAAUUGGGCUCAUUGUUGGUUCUUGGGAAGGGGCGUUUGGGCAGAAACUGACAGCUUGUUUCCAACUCCCCUACUCCUUGCAGGUGACCCUGCCUUACUGGACAUUUUUAGAGAGUGGGAAUGUUUUGGGGGGAAGAAGGUGUGUAUGUGGGGGGUCGCUGGCAUGGUGCCUUUCCCAGGCUGGGAGCCCUUUGUGGGCACCUAGCUGCUGACUCUCAAACUUCUCAGGGACUGAUUUGGGCCCAUCUGGGGAAGUUAGAGGCGUUUCACUUCUGCCACCUGGCUCAGUGUGCGUGGGUUGGGGGGAGGCUGCAGUGCACCUUCUUUCAGGCCCGAUUUGGGGGCACAUCUGGGACCCUGAUCAGAAACUUGCUUCUUCCCAUUUCUGUUUGCGUCAUGGCGCCCUCCGUCUGUGUUGGGACAGAAGUUGCAGGUGCCCGGAGUGGUCAGGACCUGAGGAGGAGAAGUGGCUUGGGAGCCCUUUUCCUUGUUGCCUGGAAAGUGGGGACUUUGCAGUCAUAAAGUGGCUGGGGAGGGGUCUGGUGUCCGGCUCAUGGAGGCCCUGCUCCAUGUGUGCAUGUGUGUGUGUGUGUGUGUGUGUUUGUGUAUACUGGGAAUGGGGGGGCCGAGGGCGGGUGAGGAGAGAGACUAACUAGGAAGGAAUGUGGCUUUCUUCCUGCCCCAGACUUGUUCAGCACCAUUAGCUAAGCCGGGAAUUUCUUCCCCUGUUAACGUUCCCACCACUUUCCUGGUGCCCACCCUUCCCGUGCUUCUUCCCACUUUUUUUUUUUUUUUUGGGGGGGGGGGGCAGUUUCCUUCCUGUCCUGGUGUCACAGUUUCCCAUUCACAGAAGAGGUCUCUUUUUUUUAGAAGAGCGAGUUCUCCCCUUGUCAAAAGGAUUCCUCAAGAUGAGGCUAAGGUGCCCUUGCAGGUGAGGAGGAGGUGGUGGGGACACUGUGUCCAGCUUAAGUCUCCUUUCCUUGUGGCAUUCCAGUCUGGAGUCUUUUCCCUAGGCAGUUCUGACUUGUCCUGCAGGAAGGCGGGCUUUCCUAGAAACAGCUGGGGGAGAGAGCUCAUGAGUCAUGUAAAUAAGGUGAACUUGGUACCUGGUCACUUAAGAGCCCCGCCUUCCCUGCCAUGCUGCCCUUGCUUGAUCUGGUUGUCCGGAAGGUCUGCCUAUGUGUCCACCUCAUGCUGUCAUACUGCUAUUUUUAAUUUAGGGUGUUGGUUACAUCCCCUAACUAAGCUGGAUCUUCCUCAUGUGAGGGUGAAGGUAACUACAGACUCCAGCUUAUCCCCCUCGAAGCACAGCUGUGUAUGACAGUGUUGAUCAGCCAGGAGGGGCUCCCUCAAAGAACUUCUCCAAGCCAGUAGGGGCAUCUAGGCCAGCUGGGCUAAACUUUGAGGGUGACCCAAAUUUGAGUUUUUCUCGGAAGCCGACUGAUAAUUUAAGUUACUUGGCAAUUUCAUAUUUAAUAUUACUUGUUGGGCAUUGUAGAGGAUUGAGCUAAAAUCAGGGCGGCUUGGGUGCUUUUGGGUGGUGGGCGUGGGGACAGUGACUUGAAGAACUGGUCUGUGCGACCAGAGAAGUGUAGGGGUUACUAACAAAACCUCUUAUGUGCAGUUGUCAAUACUGUCUGGAGUUUUCUAUUCUGUAGCACUGUGGUUAUUAUAUGGUUUGUCAAUAGCAACUUGUGGAGAGGGUUUUUAUUUUUACUUUUAAUUGCAAAGAGACUUUUACAGACUCAGAUGUGGCAGGGGACCGGAGAGGAAGUUACUGCGAAAUUUUCUCUGUGGCCAAAGAGAGCCUGUAAUCCUAGCUGUUGGAGGAGCCUGGGUAGAAGUCCCCCAUGGUUUCUCUCUCCAGAGGGGUGUGGAGUGUGAGCUGCCUUUGUGUAGACCUAGUGGCCAGUCUGGAAUGUAGCAGAAGGUAAUAUACACAGCUGCCACCGUCUAGACUUAGGCUUCGUGAAGCUUCUUCUUGAAUAUAAAAACUCGAGUGAGUCCCGAGGCAGCUACGCCUGUAGAUCUCCCAUUUCACUGUGGGCUACUUCUGGGAGAGAAGAGGGCGGAGGUAUAGAUCCAUCCUUGCAAGAUAGCAUCAUGCACCUGCUUAGAGAAGUGUUCCCUGGCCACUCUGAGGAAGUGACCCUCCUUGGGGCACCUGCCUCAACCGCCUGGGUAUUUCUGUUGCUGGGUGACCUUCUCUCCUGGUUUAUAAGCUCCUUGGUGGAGAGGAGCAUAUUGUCGUUAAGGAAAAAUUGAGGACCCAGGGAGGGGCUCAAGAUGCCUGAAGAUUGUAGUCUGAGUUUGAAUCUUGGUUCUACCUGCUUGAGGCCCUGGGCUAGUGAGUGACCCCUCCCAGUCAAGAUUCCUCCCCUUUGGGGCUAUGAGGAUUCCGGUGCCUGAUCCUCUCCCAGCUCUGGAUCCUCAGGACUGUGCAUAUUCCAGUAUCUGACCCUUCCCAGCUCUGACUCUUUCUUCUUGCAGGGUUGCAAGGUCCUACUGCCCGACCCUUUUUUGAGCUCUGGAUUCUUCUUCUCUUAGCUGGGAGGUUCCUAGUGUCUGGCCAUGUCCGAGCUCUAGAUCUUUCUCCUCAAGACUGUGAGGGUCACAGUACCCAACCCCUCCCAGUUCCAGAUCCUUCUGUCAGGGCUGUGUGGGUCCCAGUGCCCUGCCCUCUCUCAGCUCUGGCUCCUUCUUCUCUUAAGGCUGUGAGGAUUCUCUUGACGUGUGUGGCCAUCAGUGCAGCCCUAACACCCCCAACCUCCCUUCUCCCUGUUCUCAGCACUUGGCACUUGUACCCAGAGCUGGUUCCCACCUGGAGGUUUGAAUAGACUUUGUGGGAGGCAGGGAGCCUGGGUUCCUGCAUCCACCCAAAUCUGAUCGAGCAGCUGGUUUGCACAGGGCUACUGCUCAGGUGCUGUAUGUUCAGAAGUGACCGAGAUGGGCCUCUAGUGUCAUGAGCUGACAUUCUGGAGGCAGGAGGCAUGUAAUAGUGAACAAGACAGCACAGAAAUGGGCACAAAGAACUUGACAGCUGCCAGCAGCAGGAAGGAAAUAAAAUGGGAUGAUGUGAUGCUGUGGGGUGGUGUAAAAGGGUGCUGAUUGAGAGAGGUGCUUCGAGGAGAUGCCAGGGCUGGGGUCUCUGGGUGAGGGAUCCUGUGUAGGGAGGGGUGGGGGUUCCAGGCAUGCUGCCUUCAAGCCUUGAGACACAAGAGACUGGAGAGGGUGUUGGGGCAUGGAGGACAGCUGCCAAGGCUCUGUCCUGGGGAAGGGUGUGUGGGGAGAGGACAUGCAGGAGGCCUGCCGCAAAUACUCCAUGACUGUUCUAGAGCUGUGCUGGGGGCUGCUCGCCUGCUGCUAAGGGGGCGGCUGUGUGGAUGUCAGCUCGGGCACUGGUGGCAGGAGGAGCCUUAAUUUAGCCUCUGUUCCCCUCCCACAGCGAGGCCCCAGGAAGUAAGCUUGUCUCCCCUUUCUGGGGGUGCCCACCUAGCCCUAAGCAGGACAGCUUCUUGCCAGCUCUGUCUGCUUUUCAGACCAGCCGUCUUCAGAAAUAGCUGGUGCUGCCCCUCUUGGCUAUGGGCCAGGCCCCUCUAAGUCCUUUGUCCAGGCUCCUGUCAUCUUCUUGACAACCUUGGCUGGAAGGCUAGCCGAUUGUUCCCACUAUGCCUUUGAGGGCGGUUGGCACCCAGAGGGUCAUCGGCCACCUGCCCAAGAUCACUCGGAUUGUCCUCUGGCCCAGGCUGCCUCUUGAGUUGGGAGGGAGUUUGAGCCACUGGGAUGCAACUAUGAAAGGGGAUCCCACCACGGCCUCCAGUUCUAGUUAAAUGCCAGCGCUCUGGACUCCUGCAAGCACGGGUGACAUGAAUGGCCAUGCAAAUUCCUGAGGCUGUCACUGUGACUGUGCUGUGCCCCCUGCCCUGAGAAAGCCUAAAGAUGGUGAUAACCAACACCUGUGGCUCACCGGCCACACGCCAGCGCUGGCCCAAGCUGCACACGUUACUUUAUCUCACCCCCAUCUGUCAGGCCUGUGGCGGGGAGUGGUUCCCACUUGUCAGGUGAGGAAAUGGGAAGAGACUCUGGGAGGUCAAGUCACCGGAAGGAAUUUCCCAACUGGGAUGGGGCUGAGAACCAGCUUGGGAUGGCUCCAAGCUCUGCCCCCUCUGAAGGGAGGUGGCCUGGCAGGCCGGGCCAGGUGGAUCGGCCGGCCUGUUGGUGUCCAGAGCACCGCUUCCUGUCUCCUGCCCUCUGGCUGUAGGGGUUCAGUUUACUUGUGUAUUUCAAAGUACGCUCUUGAUAGUUGCGGGUGGGGUGAAUCCUUCCUAGAAGGCUCUUGUCUCAUAGGCGCUGUGACAGGAUGUGUGGAUGACCCAGGGUGUGGGGGCAAGGGAGAGAAGUUUCUGCGGGCGGCCAGUGAGAUUGUGGGGAGGGGCCGGGCCCCGCCUCGGCCACUGUGACCCUUGACUAGGCUUCUGGCUUGCACGCUGUUCCUGCCACCACCACCACGGUGACUGUGGUGAUUGUGUGUAAACAGCAGGCUGCUUGGCAGAAACCCACCCUCUGUUGACUCAUCGCAAGGCCAGAGUUCAUCACCCUUGAAGUAGUUUUGACAUCAUAGCCAGAUUGUGACAUCUCUGGAGUGUCUUUGACAAUAACACUGCUUCCCCUGUUCCGAGUAACUGGUUCUGGAGCAGACACUGGUUUCAGGAAGUCUCCUUCUCAUGUGGCAGCAGCCCUGCCUGAUGCAGCCUGGCCAGGCCCAGGCUGCCAAUCCAUGCCCGUGGGGUUUGGCCUCCUUUGAGUCCUUCAUUUUUAGGGCCUUGCUCCCCUUCCCCUGUCUUUAUGAGUUUCUCUUGGGUCUGUGACGAGCACAACUUGGAGUUGUCUGAGAUCUUACCUCCGGUGAUAUGUGGCCGCUCCACAGUCAACCAAGUGCCCAAAGGGAUGCUUUUGAGAACAGUCCCCCCAAGUGACCUCUGACCUGUAGGUGCAGUGAGUGACAGACAACUAUAGUACAUAGUUGUUUUGUCACUUUACUUUUUAACAAAAAAGCUGGUGUCCAAAUUAACCAUCCAGCGAGAGACCUCCUGUCCCCACACCAAGUGGCUGCAUUGGAGUCUGAUGCUAAUUAUAUUCUCUGGUCUAGGUCCCUCCCUGGCCAUUGUGAUGCAGCUCUUUCUUGGCUGAGUCACCAGGUCAGGGCAUGUUGGUGACUCCCUGCAGCCCUUCUGGAGGGGAGGGGGCCUCUCAUGUUUGUCAAGUUCGUGGGGUCAUGGAACUCCUAUUUAAAAGUAACACGUGCUGAGGGAUGCCUGGAUGGCUCAGUUGGUUGAGCGGCCGACUUCGACGCAGGUCAUGAUCUCGAGGUUUGUGAGUUCAAGCCCCAUACUGAGCUCGCUGCUGUCAGUGCAGAGCCCGCUUUGGAUCCUCUGACCCCUUCUCUCUCUCGGCCUCCCUUUCUCCCCUGCUCACACGUGUGCCCUCUCUUUGUCUCUCUUUCAAAAAUAAAUACAACAUAAAAAAAAAAAGUAACACAAGUUGAAAAGUUCACUAUAAAAGGAGCAUAGCUCAGCAUAGAAAGCUUGCAAAAUAGCUGAACGGAGCGACUUCCUGUUCCCAUGGGCCAAGGCCAUCUCUGUUGUUGACACCUUGGUGCCUUCCUCUGUCUUAUGUCUGGGCACCUCAUCAUCAUAGUGAUGUCCUCUUAAGAUAUUAGAUCUUGUUUCUUCCCGACACUAUAUUAGCUGUGUUAUUCAACGUGGCUGUAGGCUUUACUUUUUAGUGACUGCGUCUCCCUUGCUGUGUGCCCCCUAACGGAUCAGUAUUCCUCGGGUACCGUGUUUGGGGCACCACACCGACCCUGGGGAUUCCUGUGUGCUGGGAGCCCUGUCUGCUGUCCCCUGCCGAGGGCUGUGCAGAAGCGCUGAAGUGCAGUGAGGGGCACCCCCGGUGCGCCUGCACGGCAGAGUGGAGCCCGAGGCUGCGUGUGGCCGAGUGGUACAACUUCUGCAUGUUGAAAUCGAGGCUCGGGAGAGAUGUGGUCUGGGCUGUGGGAGUGGAUGGUCAGGGACGGCAGGGCUAGAGGCGAGAGGCCGGGGAUGGAAUGGGGGUUCUAAGGGCCUGAGCUGGGGUGGCACAGGGGAAUGGGCAACAGGACAGUGUUUCUGGGCCGGAGGAAGGAUAAGGGUGGCUGAUCCGAGGGCUGCUGCAGGUCUGUGGUGGGUGCCUAUCAUUGUUAUUAACGUCGAGGGCUCAGGUGGUAGAUGUAUAUACGCUGCCCUGUUGGUGUUGGCUGCAGAGUCUACAUCUUUCUGGGUUGCUUUUAAAGAGAGAACGAGGAGCUAUUGUGCUUUGUUUGUUUUUUUAAUGUUUAUUUAUGAGAGAGAGAGAGAGAGAGAGAGAAUGAGCAGGGGAGGGUCAGAGAGAGAGGGAGACAGAGGAUUCAAAGUGGAGUCUGCACUGACAGCAGAGAGCCCAAUGCAGGGCUUGAACUCACCAACUGUGAGAUUGUGACCUGAGCUGAAGUUGGAUGCUUAACCGAUUGAGCCACGCAGGUGCCCCCGGGUUGCCGCUUUUGUACCCAGAUGUGGAUGUCACGUGAUUUUUUUAAAAUGUCCUGAGUGUGAUUGGAAGGUGUGGAAGGUGUUUUGAACUGAUGUGGCAGCUCUGGAAGCCAGCAGCCUUUUUUUUUUUUUCGGUUUUGGUUUUGUUUUUUUUUUUGUCCCAGUUCUUGGAUUAUGUUCUUUGCUCAGGGGUAGCUGCAUGCCAGGUUUCCCUUAUUGUGCUGGUGUUGACCAGUUUCUGGAGAGUGGGUGCUCUGGAUACUGGGGGAGCCAAGGCUGGAUGGAGGACAGGUGAUGCUGUCUAAAGCAUAGAGAAAGUUGGCUCAAGGGCCUUGUGCCCACUUAUCACUUCCCAGCAUUCUCAAAUGUGCUGUGGAACAGGUAGCCUUGGAUUACCCCGUCUUUGAGGAGUUAAUGAACUGCCUCUGACUGGGGGCUUGGUUAAUCUACUGCGCCUUUGGGUUGUUUCGAGUGUUCUCACUGUUCCUCAGACGGGGAAAAUGAGGCUCGACUCGGGGACACCUUCCUUGAAUGUGUGCCCUUCCAGCUAACUCUGCUCCUACCUCGGGCUGUCAGUGGGUGUCAGCGCCUCACUGUUUGCCUUGCUGUCCCCGUGUCCAUCUUAGACAUGUAGGGAAGGUGUCUUAAUAAGAAGGUGCCUCCCUCCAAGGAUGCUGAGGAGCGGGAGUUGGGGUCAGGUGGACUGGCUCUAGCUAGUUCCUGUUAACAGCCUGGGAAUCCAGGCUUCCUCUUGAGCCUCAGUUUCCCUGGGUUGAAGCGUCACCUGAGAUAGUAGUGAGCAGCUGGGUCAGAUGGUCCUGUCAUUGCACUGUGUCCAGUCCAUUCCGCCCCCCUGUGUAUAUGCAUGUGUCAGUGUACCACAAAUGACCUGAGAAUGUGAGGCCUUUAAGAAUUUAAAAUAUCCACUCGUUUGUCUCUAUCGUUAAGGGUUUCUUUUUUAAAUAAGGAAAUGACUUUCCCCAGAUUUUUUAGCAGUUUUCCUGCCGCGGAGCCGACCCCACUGUGUUGAGGGAGCUGGGCCCCUCUGCGUGUCCCUCUUCUCCGUCCCGCCUUGGGCAGCCUCAGCAGGUGGUGAUGGCGGAGUGGGCAGUGGGCAGGGGCCGCACAGCAGAGGAGAGGCAUGAGGUGCUGGCUGAGCUUCUGGGGAGACUUCCGACCAGGCCCAAGGGUGCCUGCUGAGCCCACCAGGCUGGCGGCCUCUGCCAACGGAGUAUGAGGAGCCGGGCCCAGAGCUCUGGGUGCGGUGGCCCCAUCUUUGCCUUCAGGUUGCAUGCCGGCUCAUGGCUGUUGGGGAGUGACGUGAGGGCAGUCUCAAGGGGCCAAGCCCCCUCUCCCCAGGAGAAUGCUGUUCCCCAGGGAUGGGAGGUACGGGCCCUGUUUCCUCCAUCAUCCAGUCUGGGCAAGUGGAGCCCCAGUGUGUAAAGGCCGAAUAACAAGGGGCUUCCCCUUACUUUUCCCUGUGCCCCUUGACCUCUUUCUGAUGGGGGGACCGGCCCACCACAACCCUCACUUGGACAGGUGCAUGUGGCUUUGAUGUUCUUUUUAUCAGGCUGACUUGGGAUCUGCUGGUGGGCCGAGGCAGGCCAGGUGCCAUUCUGGGCUCGGGGGCUUCGUGGUGGGCAGGCUAGCCAGGCAUGCCCCAAGGCCCUCACAUCUCUAUGGGGGAGGCCCACGGAGAGCAUGGUGGUGGUGCCCAUGGGCGAUGACUACUGGGAGGGAGAAACACAGCGGGCUGUGGGCAGGAGGUGCCGUGGGAGUGGAGCAGUUGGAACCAUACGGGAAGAGGCUGAGAUUGCUGAAGUCUGCGUGAGAUCCAAGAGGUUGGCCACAGGAGGGAGGCUGGGGUGACGGGGCAGCCGGAGGGUGUGGGGGUAAGGGAUGCCCCGGCAGGAAGUUGGGGUUAAUUUCAUCAUCUAGCCGACUAAGCAGUUGUGACUGCAGUGGCCUGUGUGGGUGUAGACGAGCCCCAGCCCCUGUCUAGGGUCAGUGUGGGGGGACUGACUCCACGCUGAUUUCACGCCACUCCGUAGACAAGCGUUUUCUCUGGGGGAUUCCAUCCUGUGACAGGCCAUGGUCAAGGGAGGCCUUGGGAGUGCUCCAACCAAUCAGCGAGAGUCUUUAUCUGGGACCUCUUGGAGCCUUUUAAAAAGAAAUUGUGGUGAGGGGUACCUGGGUGGUUCAGUCAGUUGAGCAUCUGAUCUUGGCUCAGGUCAUCAUCUCGUGAUUCGUGAGUUCAAGCCCCACAUCGGGCUCACUGCUGUCAGUGCAGAGCCAGCUUGGGAUCUUCUGUCCCCUUCUCUCUGCCCCUCCCCUGCUUGUGCUCUCUCAAAAAUAAGUAAACGUUUUUUAAAAGUUGUGGUGAGAUCUCAGCACGUAGCAUAAAAUUACCAUCUUAACCAUUUUUUCCCCUUUUUAACCAUUUUUUGAGUGUACAGAUUAGUGAUAUCAAGUGUGUGUGCAGCCAUCAUCACCAUCCAGCUCCAGAACUUUUCCAUCUUCCCCAAUUGAAACUCUGUCCCCACUAAAAACUAAUUCCCCUCCCUUAGCCCCUGGCACCCACCAUUCUAGUUUCUGUCUCUAUGGAUUUGAUAACUUUUGUGAUCUCAUGUAAGUGAGAUCAUAUGGCAUUUGUCCUUUUAGAUGUUUUUUAAAGUUUGUUUGUUUAUGUAAGUAAGUAAUCUUUGCACCCAACAUGGGGCUUGAACUCAUGACCCCAAGAUCAAGAGUUGCAUGCUCUUGCAAGUGAGCCACCUGGACGCCCUGGUAUUUGUCCUUUUAUGACUCAUUUCUUUCAUGGUGUUCAAGGUUCAUUCAUGUUGUAGCCUGUGCCAGUUUCCUUCCCUUUUAAGGCUGAAUAAUAUUCCAUCGUAUGGAUAUACCACAUUUUGUUUAUCCAGUUGUCUGUUGAUGGAUACUGGGUUGUUUAUACCUCUAGGCUGCUGUGAAUAGUGCUGCUGUGAACAUUGGUGUACAAACAUCUGUUUGAGACUCUGCUUCCCCCCCCCCUUUUUCCUCCCAGUUUUAUUGAGAUAUAAUUGACAUCUGGCGCUGUAUACGAUUAAGGUGUACAGAAUAGUAACAUGACUGACCCAUAUCGUGAGAUGGUGACCACAGCAAAUUGAGUUCACAUUUCUCAUCUCAUAUGGAUACAAAAAAAAAAAAAAAAAAAAGAGUUGUUUCUUAUGAUAAGAAAUCUUAAGAUCUACUCUCCUAGCAACUUCUCUGUAUGUCAUAACAGCACUGUUAGCUGUAGUCCCCAUGUCAUAGAUUACAUCUCUAGUGCUUAUUUAUUUUAUAACUGGAAGUUUGCACCUUUUGACCCCCCCACUUCCUCCAGUUUUUCUCCCCCCACUCCCUGCCUCUGGUGACCCCAAGUCUGAUCUCUUUUUGUGGGUUUGUCUUUUUUCUUUUCUUUUUUAGGAUCCCACAUAUAAAUGAGAUCUUCCAGUAUUUGUCUUUCUCUGAUUUAUUUCACUUGAGUUCCUGUUUUUAGUUCUUCUGAGUAUAUAUCCAGAAGUUGAGUUGCUGGAUCAUAUGGUAAUUCUAUGUUUAACUUUUUGAAAAACCGCCAAGCUGUUUUCCACAGCGACUGCACUAUUUCACAUCCCCGCUAGCAGUGUAUAAGAGUUCCAAUUUCUUCAGCCAACAAUCCUCACCAACACUUGGUAUUUUCUGGAUUGUGUGUGUGUGUGUGUGUGUUUGUUUGUUUUGAUAGCAGCUAUACUGAUGGGUCUCCAACGAGAGUUUGGGUCUAUGGGGCUUCUGACACCUGCCGGACCACUGAUGGGCUCAGGAGUCCCCUUAUCGCAGGUGACAGAGAACCUGACCCCAGGGAAUUGGGUCAUGUUGGCUCUCACACUUGAGGUGGGCUUGGGCUAGCUUCGGGUCCUGCCUGAGGAUCUCGAUCAGGGUCACCUGGGUAUAGAUGGCAACGAGGCCAAGGAAACUGUCACCACCUCCCAGCCCUCCCAGUGGCACGACUUCUGUGUUCGUGUCCCCAAACCAAACAGAGGCCCUGAGGGACAUUGGCAAGGUUGGGCUCCACCCUGUGGCACCUGAGGCUGCUGGGCCCUUCCCUGGCCAUGAGCUCAGAUGGGGCAGAAUCUCUCCUUUGGUGAAUUUAGUUCUUUCAGUUCCACAUUGAAUCAAAAAGUGACUUGUGGAAAAUGGGCUUUCUUCCAGGUAGGAAAUGGCCUGGAGGCCCCUCGGGUUGGGUGUUCCCUGCCCUCUGGGGGGGGGUGGACAGGUAGGGGACUUUGCUGCUGCCUUUGCUCCUGCCUUUGGCUUGGCCUCAGGGCUGGGGCCUGUGCCAGUAGUGCUUAAGGAGGAGCGCUGUUUUCUCUGACCCUGUGGGCAGAUGCAGUCCACUUGCCUCAGGGCUUCCAACUGUGGAGGCGGGACUCCCUGCCCCUGUCCUGCUGGCGCCUCCCCUUCUGCUUAUGGGAUGUGCACAUGGGCCUAGGGCCCCACACUUGCUUUCAGGCCCCACAGUUAAGCAUAGGCUGAUCAGAGGUGGGGCGAGGGGCCGGGCUGAGACAGCCACCCUUCAUGCUGCUCUUCCUUGUGGGGGGUGGUACCGCUGGGACCCAGAGAGCUUAGACUAGCCUCGCCUCCUGCCAUUGGCCUGAGGAUAAGUGGGUUGGAAGGUUCCUCCCCCCACUUUUUUUCCUGGACAGUGACUUUUUGGAGGAAAAUCAGCUUCCUGAUAUGGACCUUGUGGUUCUCCCCGCAUCUGGAGGGGAUGAUUUAAGGGACCUAGAGCAACACUUACAGCAAGGAGAAGGCCCACUGAAUGGUCAGGACAGCUCAGUGUGCAGUAGCUGGGGGUGGGGCAUUAGCUUAGCAUGGCCUUCCCCUUGACAGUGGGCACCUCCUGCCUAUAACCUCCCCGCUACAUUGUUCUCCAGGUCCUGACAGGGAUCCCAUGUCUUGUCCCCAUCCUGGCUGCUCUGUUUUCUGUACCAUUAGUGGUAGAGCUUUCCCUAUACCGUUAGUGACAGUGGGCCUCUUGUCCUCAAGGAAGCUGAGGUCUGCUGUGCCCAGUGUUGCUGUUGUAGCUGCUAGCUUCCAAAACCAAGGCCUCUGGCACAUUUGCUGCCAUAUGAGGUGAACAGAAUUGGAUAAGGAUGCCAACGAAGUAGACUGUUACGGCAUUUUUUUUUAAAGCUUAUUUGAGAGAGAGAAAGAGGGCACAUGUGCGCAAGUGGGGAGGGGCAAAGAGAGAGGGACAGAGAGAGAAUUCCAAGCAGGUGCCAUGCUGUCAGCACAGAGCCCGACACAGGGCUCGCUCUCACCAACUGUGAGAUCAUGACUUGAGCCGCAAUCAAGAGUUGGACGCUUAACCAACUGAGCCUCCUAGGGGCCCCUAUGGCAUGUUCUUCUUUCAGUGCUAUCCUUAGAGUCUGAAAGAAGUUAGUAAGCCAUGACCCAAGGGGCAAAUGCAAGCUGCCAGCUGUGUUUCUAAAGUUUUUUUUGGAACGGAGCAUCAUUUAAGGCUGCUUUUGCCGUAUGAUAGCAGUUGAGUCUUUGUGAUGGAGAUUGUCUAGUUCUCAAAACCUAAGAGAUUGAUUCUCUGGCCCUUUACAGACAAAGCUUGAGAGCUGCUGGUCUGAAGUGUUGGCACGGGCGUGUGACGUGAGGACUAUGUGUGCUCGUAGAAUGUGCUGACCGGGCUCACACCUUGGACCCCUGUGUUGUGGCAUGCCGCCCCUGUGGGCUGUGGCUUCCUGUCACGUCUCAGGGCUGGACUGAGAUCUUGGAGUGUCCUUUUGGUCUGGCCCCUUCAUUUCACUGAAGGGACACCUGGACGAUGGUGACUGACCUGAGGAUACACGGUCAGCAUAGAUUAAAUUGAACCUCAAACCUGAGGGUGUCUGCCCUAGGACUGUCUGCACCCUCCCUCCCACCCCAGUUUCAUGCAGACUUGGAAUGCUUCCCAUUCCACGUGCAAAUCCCUGGGUUGCCCAGGAGCUUUUCUCGGGCACAGCUCCAGACUGGCACAGCCUCUGGUGGGCCUGUCCUUUUUACUUGUGACCUGCUGGUGAACUCUGGAAACACGAUUCGUGCGCAGCCUGGGCAGGAAGGGCCAAGCACGGGUGUUCCUGGCAGAGGUGGGAGGGCGGGCAUCUGCCUCCCGUUGGAGUCCGGCUGUGGCUGCAGCAUCCCUCUCCCCUCCCUCUGUGUCCUCAGCCUUAGGUCCCUGGGGAUACAGUGGGACUAGUGUCAUCUUCCAGGGGAGGAUUGUACUCAGGGGUUGGUUGUUCAUUGGGGUGUCUUUCGAACGUGUGCUUCGUGGCAUGAGGAACAACUAGAUGACAGGAGACAGUGAGCAGCAGGCAUGUCCUGGCCUCUAGGAGUGAGCUUUCCACAGGCGGGGGGGGGGGGGGGGGGCGCAGGGUAAAUCUUCCAGAGCUUUCUCAGCUCAGAAUGAGUAUCAUCUAUAGAUGGAUUCUGAAUUAGGUGCCAGCAGCCCUAACGACCUGGAGAAGGGGGGCGCCCAGGUGGCUCAGUCGGUUGAGCAUCCGACUCCGGCUCAGGUCAGGAUCUCAUGGUUUGUGAGUUCGAGCCCCAUGCCAGGCUCUGUGCUGACAGCUCGGAGCCUGGAGCCCGCUUCGGAUUCUGUGUCUCCCUCUCUCUCUGCCCCUCCCCCGCUCAUGCUCUGUCUCUCUCUCUCUCUCAAAAAUAAACAUUAAAAAAAACCAAAACGACUUGGAGAAGGGCAGUCAGGCCUCUCUGCCAAGGGCCUGAGGUAUCUGGGUUCUUGGCUUCUGUCAGUAGAAAUGGCAUGAUCUUGCUCUUAUCUUUCAGUGUCGUCUCUCCUUUUUCAGAAUCGGUGGGACUGUUGAACUGCUGCAGGGCUGGGCAGAGGUGCUGUGUGGUGGGGAGACCCGAGGGCAGGAUCGUGUGGGGAACAUCCCAGUGUGGAGAGACUGCAGGGAGAUAUGUGAGGCAGAGGCAGGUCACAGCUAGAAGAGUGUGUUCCUUCCUCCCCUGGUCACACUAUUUUUGGUGUUGGACGCUCACAGAUGUCUGCUUGUUCCAGCGAGAUGUGCUCAGCUCUCAGUGCAUCUGGCAAGUGGGAUGAGGACAGCCAGCACUGGUCGCCUGUGUUCAGCGUGUCUCCAGCUUGCUCUGGCGUCGGGACGAGGCCUGGCUGGCUCCCUUACCUGUGCACAGGGUCCUGCUGGUGGGGAGCCUUGUGCACAGAGCCACAUGACCCAGUGAUCUGUGCCAGUUCCUCCUGACAGGAAGUGGAGCUGUGUUAAGGAUUCUUAGACGGGUUUUGGCCUAGAGUGUAGGAUUGAUGCCAUGUGGCCCCCGGUCCUUCCUGCCUUUGGCUCUGCUGGCUAGUAUCUCUGUGGGGAAGGUCCUGUCUCUGAGCAGAUGAGGUUAAGACCCUCUCCUUCCCCCCACCGCCCCUGCUCCCCCACCACCAUGAACCUGGGCUGUGAGAAUGUGGCCAGUGAAUGGGUUUCACUGGUGCCCAAGUAUGCAGGGCAAGGCUCCCAGGCUGUCAGCAGAAGUUGGGCUGAUGCUGGACCGCUUUCUCCUCAGGGAUGGAGGGCAACUCAUCGGGGUCUGUGCCCCACCCGGAACAGUGGCUCUAAUCGCGCUUUGUUCUGGGAUCUUCACGUGGCUCCUGUGACCUGCCUCUCCUCUUUCUUGUCUUGGUCUCUUGUGUAAAUUCAUUGAGUCCAGAUGCUUUCGGGUGACAGGAAUUGAUUGCCAAGUGUGGGAUCUGCUAGGCACAGCUCAGCUUCGGUGAGUGGCUGGUCUGAAUAGAUGUGGUACCACCUCUGUGUUCUCUUCUUGGGGCUCUUGGUGCUAUUCCUGGGGCUCAGCUAUUUAAGAGCAAGCACACCACGUGUUGCAGGUGUGGGCGUCCCUCUGCUGUUGUGAAGCUCAGGGCGGACGAGCUUGGGGGUGUUGCAGGGAGGUCACUGGAGGAUGCGGGAUGCAAGGCCCAGGCCUGGGGCGGUGGAACAGGAUACCUCAUAUUGGCCCAAUUGGGGCUGAAUCAGGCUGCAGACCCAGGAUGUUGCCCCUGCCUGGCGUUCAUGUGCGUGCCCCGUGGGCCUGGAUACAGGUUCUGGCUAUCUGAGCUGCUGUCCCUUGAACAGCCGAUGGCCAGGGUGGGGGACAGCUUGUAUUGCUUCCAAACCUUCACUGAUAUUGAUAUGGUUGGGUGGCUGCCAAGUUCAGAGCAGGACACCCGGCUGGGAGGAGCAGGGGAGAAGGGGCUGGCUGUCCAUGCCAUAGCCCCAGCCAUCCAGGAGAAUAAUUAAGGCCUGAGGUGUCUUGGAAAGUCAGGAGUUUGCCACUCCAUUGGAACUCUGGGUGGAGGGUCUCCUGGGUUACAGGCAUCAUAGACUCCUGGCCAACCGACUCCUUGGCUGCUCAAGGCUACAGGGUCUGUGUGAGUCCCCAGGACCUAUUGACAAGUUGGUGGCAGGACUCAGUGGUGACUGUGGAAGGCUUCCCACAGUGGAUGGUUUCUGGAGUCAGUAGCGUUUCUCAGAAGAACCCCGCAGGGUGUGUUAGAGAGGGGAGUGGGGACACAGCUCACACGCACUCAAGGCUGGGCCUUAGCCAGGAUGCAGCCUGGAAAGCUUUGUUUGUUUAAAGUUGGGGCUAGUGUUUCUCGUUACUUUUUAACCUAUCGAUUCACCCUGUGGGUGGUGCUGAGCUCACCUUAAGCUUGACAGGUGGCGUCAGGAGGCCCAGAAUCCGAGCUCUGCAAGUUGGCCAGUUCUGGGGAGAUGAGCAUUGCUGUUCUGAAAGCCAGGUUCCAGGCUUGAGGGUUCUGGAGCCUCUAGCUGCUUCCCCUUUCCCUGCCCCAGCCACAGAUGAGCACAGCAGAAAUCAGAUGUGCAUAGCAGUUUUACAUCGGAGUCCAGGAGGAAUCCUGAAGUCUAUGGAAAAUUUAGGGGAAAUUUAGAAAAGUGAGCCUCAUGUCAUCAUUUCCACUCAGGAUGUAUGCUGAGAUUUUGGUAACCCAAAGAGUCAGAAGAUUGUGUUUAAAAAAACAGAACACGAGUGGCAACAGUCAGCCCAUACAGGCAGGUUGUUUAACAGAGCAGCCAGCCUCCUGUCCUGUGCCCACUUAUGGGGCCAGCCUUCCUCAGCCCCUGUGCCAGCCUGCCCUGUCUGCACAGCGGAUGAGCACCCAUCAUGCAGGGCCUGAAAUAAAGCAGUCUGUGCAUACCUUCCAUGAGCUGUGGCCACCUGGCAAGUGCUCCCCAGACUCUCCAGGCCAGGUGAAGCCUGGGCAGUGGGGAGUGAGUGAGUGGGAUGUCUACAUGUGGGGUCCCAGUCAGACCUAGGCAUCUGAUGGCCCAGAAUGUGUGUCCUUAACUUUGGCGAGACUGCAGCCAGGUCCCAGGUAUAACAGCAAGGUAAGCAAAUAGUCCUCCAGUGCUUGACCCUGUGCUGGGCAUUGAUGGUUCCAAGUGAAGAGGGAUAGUCCCAUGGGCUUUAAUCCUACCUAUCAGCCAGGAGAGGUCCCUGGAGAAGGGAUAUUUGGCAGGACCUGAAGGAAAAGUGGCAUUCCUGGGCCCCAGGUGGGUGGUGGGGAAGAGCCUAUACCCUGGGGAGUCAUGGGAGGAUGUGCUGAGGGAGCGGCCUGGACCUCUUCCUUGAGCAUCACGGUCAGGGUGACGGGUCAGAGAGGAUGGGGAGGGUGGCCAGGGCAUGCUGCACCACAGGGCACCACACACUUCUGGGCUUCAGGGCACAGUGCCCUGUGCCCACACCUGGAAUGCUUUACCUCCAUGUCUUCCCGACCCUACACCCUGCCCCUUCCUUUGUCAUCUCGGGUCAGAGGGUCCCCGCUCUGUGUGCCCUCCAGCACUCAGCAUGUCCCUAGAGGUCUGCCUGCUUCUGUCCCAGCCGUAGCUGGGCUGCUGUAGCACACAGGAGCAUAGUGAACCGUUAUCAGAUGAAUGUGUGGUGGGACCAUGUCAAGAGGGACGCGGGUCCUGUGCGGUCUCCUGGUCUAACUCUAGCCUUGCGCAGUCUGCUCUGUUGCUCCAAGGGCGGGUGUCUUGCACCGGGUCUGGAUACUGGCAGCUCGGCUCCCGUGGUAGAUCCCUAGCCUGGUGGCUGUAACUCCUUGGCGGGGGGGGGCUCUCCAUGCUUAUAUAUCUGAUUUACUCGCUGUUCUCUGGCUCUGCCAGACUCCUUUUCCAUAAAGCAAGCCCUUCCAUGUCCUUCUUGCUUACGUUGCCCCGGAUCUUAGCCCAGGAUGGUGGUGUUCCCUCACAGAGCGCACCAUAAAGGCACCUCUGAAGCUGCCUGGAGCAUCAGCAUGGGCCCACAGCUGGACAGUCUGGUUGGACACAGUCUGGAAUGGCUGGCUCAUAGCACCUUCCCUGUGGUAGGCCUAGGCCUGUCGUGCUACCUUUUCCCUUUUUUAUCAAAUAAAACCAGGUAUAAAGUGGCACUUUAUUAAGUAGGUGAUAGGAGUAGGGGCCAGGGAGUCCUACAGUGUGGCCUGACUCUGCCCAGGAGCUGGUGGCCAGUGGCAAGUUCUUGGCCUCGUGUGGUCACGGGGCAGUCAGUGCCUUCCCCUGCAGGGUGCUCCCCGCCCCUGCAGCCUGCUUGUGAUGGGGGUGCCGUGGACAGCAGCCUCAGGGCCAUUUGCUUGGGGCCCUGGCCUAUCUGUUACCAGUGACCAGACUCAUGCCCGGGCAUUGGCAAACCUUGCCAGGCUGCCGAGUGCUUUCCCCAGGCAGGGGCUUUUGGAUUCUGCAUUUGUGGGCCUAAAACUUCUUCCCUAAGUUGGUUCAGAAGCAGAAAGAUGAAGGUCAUCCGUUUUCCUCACAGAACACUGACCCUGCUGCAUGCCCCAUGUCCUGGCACUCUGAUUUAACAAGUGGCAAAUGUCAUCACUAAGGUUUGUCUUCCUUCAAAGAUGGGGUUUUUGGGAGCUCCUAUGUUUAGGGUACUGGAAGGUCCUCGGUGGGGACAAUUUAACCUUUCAACUCUAAACAUUUGCUCCUAAUUUGGCUGGUCACAGAUUUUCUGUGGUGGCGGGGGUGGUGGUCCUUGCUUGCAGGAUUGACUAAAGCCAGCUCAGUCUGGCUUCUGGCUGCCUGUCUAUGGCACUGUCAUUGCAGCACACCUCGAGGUGGGUGCCUGCUGCUUGCUGGUCAUUCUGCCUGGGUCAAAGGCUGUAGUCAGAGCACCUCUCCCUCCUCAGGGGCCUGUGCCCCUCGCCCCACUCACCUGCGAUCCCUCCAUCUCCUCAUGCCCGUGGCCCAUAUAGAAAGUGCUCUGUCAGCAUAGAUAGCUCUGUGGUCAUGGCUCCCGGAAGCCUCUCUCUACCCACAGCCACGGGGCCUGUGCUCUGUUCUUGUGGCCCGUCACCCCCGGGUGGCUGUGCCUGUUCCCAGGGUCCCCUGCUGUCCCAGAGCCCUCAUUCAGCUCCGGCUGGACUGAGAGUAUGCGCUCUUAGUGGAGAAUAUUGAGCCACAGUGAUAGGGGCCACUCCUGGGGCCUUCUUAUCCCACAGAGCUCUGGGACAUUUGGUGACCUAACACAGGGCUCCUUCUGCCAGUUAUGAACCCCUUGUCUCGGCCAGCUGGGCAGCAGUUCGACUCGGUGCCACUGGGGGAUGCUUACAGUGGCAGUGAGUGAUUGCUGAUCAUGUGUCUCCCAUGCCCAAACCACCCACACAGGGCACCUGGAACUCUGUUGUCCAGACCCCGGUGUGCUCUCCUCCUUGACUGCCGAGGGCCUUUCUUUGGAAGUCUUCUCUCCAGUAUCAGGGCCCUCACUGCCUCCCCACUCUCUUACCCAUCGAGAGGUACAUUCCCAGAGCCCAGGACUCUCCCCAGGACAGAGUGUGUGUGGGAGGGCCGCACGCACCAGGCCUUUGCUGUGAGCCCGUGGAUUCGAUUGGACCUUCCUUUUCUGGAUCAGUGGCUUCCGACUUUAUUUUGCUUUUACAUGCUGUGACCGCUCUUGGGCACCAGCCAGACCUGCAGGAUUGUGCUCGUCAUGCACAUCCUGUUGAGGCUCGUGGGUCCCACCCCGUGACUCCUGUCCAUCCUCGUCUGAACAAGUGGCCCCUGGCGUGAGCCACUAGCCCAGCCUGACCAUACAAACCCAGGGGAGGGCCCAGCUCUGAGCUGCUGCCCCGCGGGUUGUGCUUAUUCCAUCCCCCACCCCCGGCCCCACCAUGCCUUUCCCACUUCCUCUUACACACCAGAUUAUCUGAUUCUUCCUAAUUUUGUGGUGGUGCUGGGCAAAAAUGAUUAUCUCACUCUCAUUUUUGUCUUCCUGAUGGUGUCUCGUGUUUUAGCUACUUGCAACUAUCUUUUCGGUCUAUGCUGUGUUCAUUGCCGUUUCCCAUUGGCUGGUCUUUUAACUGGGAUUUCUCCAGUGUGGCUUGAUCCUGGUUUUCUCUCUGGGUGCCAGCUGAGUGCUGUCUGCCAGUCCAGAGGGUGAGGAUGGCGUCGUCACAUGUUUGUUCCUUCUCCCAGGUGGGACCCACCGUGCUCCUCGUGGAACAAGAUGAUCUCUCCUGCUGUGACUUUUGGCCUCCGUUGGCGGCUGGAAGUUGUCCUGGCGGGUCCCCAUAAGUGAUGCUUACUCCAAGGUUCUGCUCUGGUGAAUUAAAUGUGUGAAGUUGGCACCCAGCCAGCCAUUUGUCAUUUUCUUGAGCAUGACCAUGGACCCAGCUGGCUGGUGCCUUUGAAGCACUCAGACUGUGUUCUCAGGCUAUCUUCCAGGGUCUUGUGUUUACUUCAGCUUGUCUCAGUGACACAUUAGUGAAAAAGCUAAAGCAACAUCUGUGAAUUGGAAAAUACUAACAAAUUCUGGAUGGCCCCGAUGAUUCCCAAAGUCCGUUCAUACACAUGUCACAUUCAGACUCACAGCUGGUGACUCUUGGAAGCAGGGAUAGCCAGUGAGGGCCACUGUGUGCGGGGCCACAUGAAGUGCUUCCUGUCCCUGGGGCAGAGCAAAGGGCUCGUCAAGAGGUAAGGGCACCUGUGCCAUGCUGACCUCUGCAGGGACAAGGGUACACUGUCAGCACUGACACACAACUGCUUCCUUGAAGGAAGCCCAUGGUUCCUCCUCUGUCCCUCUCUCCCUUCCUCCUGCAAGGGCACUUCCCAUUUCCGCCUUUGUCAGGGGAGGUAGUCAAAGGAGGAAGGUACCAACAGGUCCUGCUUGGAGAACACCAGAUUCGGUGUGCAGGAUUUCAAAGUCAUGACUGGAGGGUUGGUGGGGCAGCUGUUAAAGGAAUACACGACAGACAUCCACACGGAUUCUGUUUCACUGAGACCAUCAAUCCGAUUUCAGGGAAGUCAAGGGCACAUCUCCAUCCCCCAGCCUGACUGCCCCACGGAGGCGCGGACCUUCUCCUUCUACCUCUCCAACAUUGGCCGUGACAGCCCCCAGGGCAGCUUUGACUGCAUCCAGCAAUAUGUAUCCAGCCACGGGGAUGUUCACCUGGACUGCCUGGGCAGCAUCCAGGACAAAAUCACGGUGUGUGCCACCGAUGACUCCUACCAGAAAGCACGACAGAGCAUGGCGCAAGCUGAGGAGGAGACACGGAGCCGUGGUGCCAUCGUCAUCAAGGCUGGAGGCCGCUACCUGGGCAAGAAGGUUCAGUUUCGGAAACCAGCCCCGGGGGCCACGGACGCCGUGCCCUCCCGGAAGCGGGCGACGCCAAUCAACCUGGCGAGCGCCAUCAAGAAGAGCAGUGUCGGUGGCAUUAGUGGGGGCAGUGGGGUGUCUCAGAGGCCCUUCCGUGACCGAGUGCUGCACCUCCUGGCGCUGAGGCCCUAUCGGAAGGCCGAGCUGUUGCUACGGCUGCAGAAGGACGGCCUGGCCCAGGCGGACAAGGAUGCGCUGGACGGCCUCCUCCAGCAGGUGGCCAACGUGAAUGCCAAGGAUGGCACAUGCACGCUGAAGGACUGUGUGUAUAAGGAUGUGCAGAAGGACUGGCCCGGCUACUCGGAAGGGGACCAGCAGCUGCUGAAGCGGAUGCUGGUCCGGAAGCUGUGCCAGCCACAGAGUGCAGGUGGCCUCCCCGGAGACCCUGCUGCCUCCAGUCCUCCCAGGGAACAUGGAAGCUCGGCCUCGCCCCCUCAGAAACGACCACAGCCUCCUGAUUUCAUCGAUCCCCUGGCCAGCAAGAAACCCAGGAUAUCACAUUUCACCCAGAGAGCUCAGCCUGCCAUCAAUGGGAAGCUGAGUGCACCCCAUGGCCGCGAGGCCCUAUUGCCUACCCCAGGCCCGCUGGCUGGCACGGAUGCCCACCUGCCCCCGCGGUUGGAGCCCCCGAGGGCCCAUGACCCCUUGGCUGACGUCAGCAAUGACCUGGGCCACAGCGGCCGGGACUGUGAUCACAGAGAAGUGGCCGCCCCGGCCCCGACUACGCGCCUCGGUUUGCCCCUGCUGACGGACUGUGCCCAGCCCAGCAGGCCCCAUGGCGGCUCAUCGCGCAGCAAAUCCAAGAAGAAGUCCAAGAAGCACAAAGAUAAGGAGAGGGCAGCUGAGGACAGGCACCAGGCCCGGUUGCCAGACCACAUGCCCAGCCCCCUUGGAGCCCCACCAGAUGCCCCGGGUUUAAAUGGGGCCUGCAACAGCUCGAGCGUUCCCACGUCAACCUCAGAGACCCCCGACUACUUGCUGAAAUAUGCCACCAUUUCCUCCUCGGAGCAGCGCCAGAGCUACAAGAACGACUUUAACGCGGAGUACAGCGAGUACCGCGACCUGCACGCGCGCAUCGAGCAGAUCACACGGCGCUUCACGCAGCUGGACGCCCAGCUCCGCCAAUUGUCCCAGGGCUCCGAGGAAUACGAGACUACUCGCGGGCAGAUUUUGCAGGAAUAUCGAAAAAUCAAAAAGACCAACACCAACUACAGCCAGGAGAAGCACCGCUGCGAGUACCUGCACAGCAAGCUGGCCCACAUCAAGAGGCUCAUCGCCGAGUACGACCAGCGACAGCUGCAGGCCUGGCCCUAGCCUGAGGCCACGGGGCUGGUGGUCCGGGCUGGCUCCCCACGCCGGGCCAACCCUCCUGGAUGGUGGGGGAGCUGGGGGCGGGGGGGGGUGGGGUGGGGUGGGGAGUUCCAGAGCGGAAAAAGAUUUAUUUAAACAAAUAAACACGAGGAAGACACGUUCAUCUGAGCCAGCAACGCCGGCUUUCGGGGGAGCCCCUGCAGACCUGGUGCCCACAGGUCACAGAUCCAGGUGCGGGGGCCGGCGUCUCAUCCCACUCCCCCGGCCCCCCCCCCACCUCCUGAGGAGCCCCCACCUCUUCUCCGGCCCACAGCCCAAGGGGCUUGAGCUUCCCCCUCCCCGAAAGACUCCAAGGCCAGCCUGCCUGCCUUUUCUAGUUUUAUACAAAGACAGCCACUUUUAGCUACUGCUUAUGAGACUUCAGUCUAUUUUUGUAUGAGAGAGAAAGCAUCUUUUCUAAACCUGUGCCUCCCCUCCUUGGGCACCAGGGUCUAGAUGCCGCCCUGUGUCCUUUCUGCAGUAUUACAGAUGCCAUCUGAAAGUCGAGAGUUGCUCCUGAGGGCUGAGGAGAGAACCAAGGAGGGGGCGGUGGGCAGGGGCGGGGGUGCAGCUGAUGCCCACGUUUGGCUGUGCUCCCGCCCUGGGCCCUCCCUACAGCCCCGGGCCUCUCCCGGCCCAGGCCCGGACGGGGUCUCUGCUCUAAGGGGGUAGAGGCCCGCCCAGGUCUAUUUCGAGAACUCCAGCUGGCCCCAGAGCAGCUGCUGAGAGCCGGAGGGGCAGAGCGGCUCUCGGCCCACCAGGCCUGCCCUGCUAUUUCAGGCCCUCAGCUGUAGGGGGUCACUGGGGGUUUUCUGUGCUCCGAGCUCACACUGCAACAACAGUGUCGGAUUUUCUUUUAUUACGUUCUCGAUUUCCCCCUUUGCUGCUGCUUUUCUUUUCGCGCUGAGACCGUGUGGUCUCCAUGCUGUUGACCUCACUCCAUCCCUCAGUCCACUUGUGGGUCUUGGGGUCAUCUUAGCAGAGUCACCGCAGGGUUUAUACUCAGGGAGGGGCUGGGGGGGGGGUUGAUGGGGUCCGGGGACCCCCUGAGAGUGAGCUCAGAAAACGUGCCCUGUCCGCCCACUCUGGGCGGGGGGCGUGGGAUCCAUGGACACCAUCAUUGCUGCUUAGUAGCUGUGCCUAGUCUAGUGUCCCCCAGUGUUGGGGGACCACAUGUAUGUGUGUGUACGUGUGUGUGAGGGCCCCGCCGGGGUGCAGUGGGGACGGAGGCGUGUGUUCACAUUCAGGGCCGCACUCGGCGAAGCCACAACCAGGGAAGGCAGACGGAGAGGCUGCAUCCUGGAGCCCGGGGUCAUGCGCUGGGUGGGUGGGGGGUGCUGUCGCCAACAGUGGUGAGGCAGGGAGAGCAGAAAUGCUCACGCAGAAAAAUGUCUAUUUUUCCAAGCCACGGGGACGUCUCCUAACGGUUUCCCAAAGAGCAGGCGCCCUCACGGAGGCACCGGCAGCGUGCCUGCCCCACCCAAGGCUCCUUUCUUGGGACCCCUGGGACGCCCCGAGCAUCGAGGGAACUGACCCUUCAUGUUUCAGUGGUUGUUUUGUUUUUUUUCAUUUGGGAUGGAGUGGGAUAAGGGUUGAGCAGGCUCCAGGGACCCCCCCGAGUUCUGCAGACAGCCGCGUUGUACGCGUAGACUGUCCUCAGCCGGACGCGCGGACCCGGGUGAAAAGGGAUUAUUUAAGGAGGCUGCAGCCCGCGGGGCUGACCCGGCCCUCUGCCCUGGGAACCGGUUCAAGGGACUCUCGGUUGAAUUUCCUUUUUGUUGUUGGCUUUUUGUUGUUUUUUGUUGUUGUUGUUGUUUUUCUCCUUUUAAGGAAUUAUGAAGCUAAGAAAAAGUUUUGUGCUUUGGGGGUGGAUGGACAAAAGUUCUAGCUGAUUAAAUAUGGUCUAACUUAUUGAUACUGUGUUUUGCACCCCCUUUUUAAUAUUGUACUGUGGAGAAAAACUAUUUUGAGCCAUGGAGUUGGUGUUUACAAGAACUUUUCACUUUUGCCAAAAUGUUACGAUUGAAAGGCAUCCGCGUCUUCAGUUUCCUAAUAUUUUCUUAAAAGAUCUAGUGUCCUUUUUGUACACUAAACAGGUGAAUGCUGAUUUUUUUUCAACCUACAAUAAAUUUCACUGAACCGAACCUAGCAGCCCGGAGUGCCUGGGUGCGUUUGUGUCUGUCACAGCCAGGGGCCUCCUGGGCCCCUGUCGGGGAGGGCUGGGGUCAGGACUAGACUUGGCCGGCCCCGGAGUAGCCAUGGUGACGAGCACACGUGGGGGUGAGGCCGGCAGGUGAAGGCUGACCCAGCGAGGUGAUGGGC